AUGAUCAUGGAUUCAAAAUUGGCAUUUAUAUUAUUCUUAAUCAAGAUGUUUAUCCUUAUAGAAAUGAUUAUUCAAGAAUUCUUCACCAAGAGCCUCGAAGAAGAUUAUGAUGAUGAUUAUGAUGAUGAUGAACAAUUUGAUGAGAAAUUUAAUAAUAAUAAUAAUAUUGCAGAUAAUGAAAAUUGUCCUGAUAUAAUACAUGAUGAAGAAAAAUCACUUAUAUAUAAUACUAUGACAAAACAAUAUGAAUCAAGACCUACAAUAAUGACUUUGAAGAAGAAGAAGAAGAGUAGGACAUCAAUUUGGGGGAUUUCAUUACAAGAAUUUAUUUUCUUCAUAAUUUGUUUUAUAAUGAUUAUAUUUGAUUGGAUUGUCAUUUAUACCAAUGCAUAA